AUGGCUAUGACACAGAAGAGCGGGGAUCUUGUCCGAUUGCUGAGUCCACCGGACAGCCCUCAUUACGUUAUUCGCUACGACCCUCGCGACACUGGUCUCUCAUCCUCGUUUCCCAGGCCGACUGAUGGGUCGUUGGUAUACACGCUUGAUGACUUGGUCGACGACGUCCUAGGCCUUGUCGCCCACCUCAAGCUCAACCGUGUUCACAUAGUUGGGUCGAGCAUGGGUGGGCCUAUCGCUUGGUUGACUGCUAGCCGUCUACCCGACGUCGUCCGGAGCCUAGCACUCGUUGUCACAAGUCCGACUGGGCGAAUACAAAAUGGCACAGAUAACUUGCCACCAGUGUAUGUUGAGGGGUCAUACUUGGUCAGCGAGGCAUUUGAUAUUCCCGAUGACUUGGAUGAUGAUGAGGGCUGGAUCAAUUCAUACACACGACUUCACCUCGCACUAGCGACCCGGCCCCCCACAGACGAAGAGAGGGCCGAAGCGAGACACGAGUCAGAGGUCACAUAUCGCCGGGAGAAGGAAAGCGGGACGAUUUGGACCAAAUGGAACCACUCUGACGCGGCAAGUGUGAGAUGGCCGUGCGAGGCAUUAAAGGGCAUUAAUUGCCCAACGGUUGUUACUCACGCAGCCAAGGACCAAAUAUUCCCGCUGGCACACGCGGAAGCCCUGAGGGACGAUGUGAAAGGGGCAACGCUGGUGGUUAUUGAGGACUGCGGGCACGAACUGCCUCAUCGUGUUCGCGGCCAGCUCUCAGAAGUAAUUCUUGCGAACAUCAGGAAGGGAGAGAACCUAUGA